AUGUCCUUCUCCACGACUCCGAUUUUCCGCAAGAUCUCGCCCUACCUUCUUUUUCUGAAGGACGUGACGGCGAAACGGAAGCCCGGGACGCACUUCAGCAUGGCCGAGGUCGCGAAGAAGUACAAGCAGCUUUCGGCCUCGCAGCGGGCGGCGCUGAUUGCCCGCUCCAACAAGUUCCCCAACCCCUCAGGGGACAAGUAUCGCUCCUUUGUCAAGCAGCUCAACAAGGAAUUGAGCGCGAUGCCCCUCAAGGAGCGCCAACGCGAGAUCUCCAAGCGCUGGCAUGACCUCAAGAAACGCCUCGCCCCCAAGGCCGCCCACGCCGCGCUCAAGCCGAAGAAGAUAUCCGCCCACAAGGCCGUGAAGAAGGCUGCGGUGGGUGCUUCAAAGUAA